AUGGAUUUAUUAUUUUUUAAAGUUUAUCAAAACCAAUAUUUAAGGGUAAAAAUAUUUGGUGAAAUAAAGAAAGAAAAUGUUUUAUUAAACUAUCAAACUUAUAAUUAUUAUGAGAUUACAUUAGAUGUUAUUAUCAAUAAUAAAAAUCAAAACUUAUUACAAGAGAAAGUAAAGGAUCAUAUUAAACAUCUCGAUGAUAAUAGUAGAGAACCAUUGGAGAAAUAUUUUUUUCAUGUCGAUAUUAAAAAAUUAAUACAAUGGAAGGAUUUAGAUUUUGAAAUCUUUAAAUUAAUCUUAUCAAUGAAAUCAGUUCAUUCACAUUUAUCCAAUCAAAAUUUAAAAGAUUUAAUGGAUUAUUAUCAAUUAAUAGUUAUUAAAAAUGGUAAAAACAUGGAAAUGUUGAAUUUAUUUUUAAAUGAUUUUAUUAUUCCAACAUUAGAUAAAGAAACAUUUUCACAAAACAAAAGAAGAAAAUUGGAAAAUAAUCAACAACAACAACAUCAAUCUUAUCUACAAAGUGAACAUCCAUUUUUGGGUGAUUAUUCAAAUUUUUGGUCUCGAGUGUUGGAAUCAAGUGAAUAUGGAUAUGCUGAGAAUUUCACAAAAAUGUCAAUGGAUAUGUUUACAUAUUUAUUUGUAAAUGAAGGGAAUAGAACUGCAGGAGAUCGUCACGAUUCAAGAGAAUUUUAUUUAAAGAUAGCCUCUCAUUCCUUAGACAAUUACAUUGGUGUUGAAAUGUCAGAUGAAGCUUUAUAUAUGGCAACGGCAUUCUUUUGUUUUGCACUGUAUACACCACACGAUCUCUCUACUUUAAUAAAUAAAUCAAUUGAAUUAAACAAUUUAAAAAUGGUUAAAUAUUUAAUUUCAAUGUUCUCAGUUAAAAUAAGUUCUGGUCAAAUCCAUAGAUACCCUGAACAACUUUUAUUUAUAUUUGGUUAUUAUAUUCCAAUUGGAAUAAUCAAACAGUUUACCAUUGAUAUCAAUAAAUUCAACUCUAGUGAUAUUUUAUUUCCACUUUAUCAAGUUUUAAUUGAAUCGGUUUUUGUUGAUGAAAAAUAUUUCCAGAAUUAUAAUUCCACAAUCCGUGUCAGAGGUCCAAGAUAUUUUCAAUAUGCUUUGGAUUCGAUAGAAAGAAAUAACGCUCCCCUAUCACAAAUUAAUUCAAACAUUAUUUGCUCAUAUGAAUGUAUUGAAAAUACCGACUCCAUAUUAUUGUCAAACGAAUUAAUGCAGAGGGAUUAUUAUAAAUCAAGAGUACUAAAUGAAAAUCCAAAUAUCUUCUGUAGGUAUUUAGAAAAGUUUAGUUUCGACCCUCGAAGAUUAUUUAUAAUCAUUAGUCUUGGUUAUGAAACAAUGGUAUCUACUGUGUUCAAUAAAACCCUUGUCAUGUCACCAUCUGCUGAUGUUCAACUUUCUCGAGAAUAUCGUAUCUUUUUCUCGGAAGUAUUUAGAGAAUCCAUGUCAAUUGACAACGAUGACAAUUGGAAGCAAUACCUCUUUGAGUUAUCUUUGCCAGCUACCAAUAAUAUAUUCUCCGCAAAAAACCUCUCCUCUUCAAUAUUAUGUCGAAUAAUGGGUCCAAUAACCAAUCCACCAAAAGAUAGAACUAAAAGAGCUUUGUUUUUAUUCCAUCUAUCAAGGAUUAAAAAUUUCAAUGAAACAAGAAAUUUAGGACUUGAGGUUUCCCUUUCAUCAGACAAUACAUUCUCUAAAAACUCCAUCGGUUUUUUAGCAGAUGAUCGAGAAUUUAAAGAUGAUUUUUGUUCUUGCCUCUAUUUAGUUUCCCAACACUUUUUUAAUUAUCAUUUAAAUUCUGAAAAGGAAAUCCAUAAAGCUCAGAGAAUCCCAGAAAGAGAUAGAUCCAAAUCAAUUGCAGAAACUGAAAGAGCAGACCCUUCACCGCCUAAUAUGAUUCGUGUUAAAAAGCUACUUGGUUUCCUUACACAUUUAUUCGAAUAUCGACCUUCACUAGACGAAACAGUCCAUUCAUCCAAUGAUGGUGAUGGUGAUGGUGAUGGUGAUGGUGAUGGUGAUGGUGAUGGUGAUGGUGAUGGUGAUGGUGAUGGUGAUGGUGAUGGUGAUGGUGAUGGUGAUGGUGAUGGUGAUGGUGAUGGUGAUGGUGAUGGUGAUGGUGAUGGUGAUGGUAAUGUUGAUGGUGAUGUUGAUGGUGAUGAUGGUGAUGGUGAUUGUUAUGAUGAUGAUUAUGAUGAUGGUGAUGGUGAUGGUGAUGGCUAUGAUGAUUAUGAUGAUGAAGAUUCUACCGAUCUUUUGUUUGUUGGUGACGACCAAAAUGCAAAUAUUCUAAAUGAAACCUCAAAUCAAGAAUUGGCCAAAUAUCCAAUGGGUUAA